CCUUAAAGCAAUUGCUUAAUAUCACUUGGGCAACCGACGAGUUGGGCGGGAACCACAGUUUAUUAUCUCACAUAGUCCGCCUCUCUGGGCGAGUUUCGGGAUACUCCAGAGUAAAGUGAAAGCUUACUGGCCGUUGGCGUGUCAGUUUGUGGUUGCUAGCAUCUUCGUGUUCCUUGAAAGUUGGCGGUCGAGAAAGUAGAGAAAUGUCUUCAGCACAGACAUUUCCAGACCAACACAAGCGAGUGUCUGCAAAGUCCAACCCUGGAUUUCUGGAGCGUUUAAGUGAAACUACAGGAGGAGCAGUUGUUGGUGUGGGACUGUUUUUCCUCUCGAUUUAUGUUCUCUUCACCAAUGAGGGACGGACUCUGCAAACAGCAAAGUCCCUGGAUGAAGGUCUCUCCCAGGUUGUAUCACUGGGGCCGUAUAUCAGCUUCGACACACAAAACAACGGCCGUUUAGUUCACCUGUCUGCGAAGCUGCAUACUGCAGAGCCCCUGUAUGACCCCAACUACAAAGUGGUGGUGCAUGCAGUGAAGCUGAAGCGGCAGGUGGAGAUGUAUCAGUGGGUGGAGUACCAUGAGAGCAGGGAUUACCAGGAGAACGGUGAAACCAAAACAGAAACUACAUACACCUACAACACUGAGUGGAAGCCAGAGUUGGUGAACAGUCGUAAUUUUGAUAAGGAGAUUGGUCACCAGAACCCGAGUGCCAUGGCUGUUGAGAGUGUGAUGGUGGUGUCUCCUGAAGUCCGAACUGGGCCAUUCAUUCUGUCUAAAGGCCUGGUGGAGCAGAUAAAUAACUUCCAGACACUGAGUUUGGGGGAUUUUCCUGUCUUUAACUUGGACCCUUUUCUCUCUAUUCAUGAUGACUACUUCUAUCACACUCCAAAUCCACGCAGGCCAGAGGUGGGUGACGUGCGGGUGAGGUUCUCCUUCGCUGGACUGAGCAGUGACAACUCACGCCACGGCCCUGCUCAGACGGUCAGUAUUGUUGCCAUGCAGAGAGGGGAGCAGCUGCUGCCAUUUAAAACCAGAUCAGGAGACACUCUGGAGAUCCUUUAUCUGGAGGAGCUCUCUGCGGAGGAGGUGUUUGCGAGGGAGCACCAGUUUAACAGCAUGAAGACUUGGGGACUCCGGGCUGCAGGCUGGGCCCUCAUGUUCCUUGGUAUCCAGCUGAGCAUGCAAAUCAUCUACACGCUGGUGGACUGGGUUCCUGUCCUUAGAGAGCUCGUGUCCAUUGGACUGAAGAUCUUCGCCUUGUGCGUCUCCUGCUCGCUGUCUCUUAUCGUUAUUGGGUUUGGCUGGCUUUAUUACCGACCGUUGGUGGCAGUAGCUCUAGGAGCGCUGGCUGUUCUUCCGAUAUUUCUCGCCCGCUCAGGACUUCCCGCCAAGAAGAACGCAUGACUAUUGAACUGAUGAUUAUAGAUUUUCUGAUGGUGAGCUGCAGAUGUUUUGUGUUGCCAGUUUUUUUCCCCCAGUUUGUUACAGCCUGCACAAAGGGUUGUUGUUGAUUUAAACAAACAUUGAGUGUAUGGGUUUGUUUUUUGGUUAAAUAAAUUUAAUCCAGCAUGCAUCAGUUUCACUGGCAAUAUAUAGAUUUUUACUUCACCAAAGUUGUUCCUUCCAUUAUAUGUUUGGGGUUUUUUUUUAGCUUGAAUGUUUUUCACCCAGUUAAAAAUAAAUGCAGUUGAAUCCAACAGUCCUGGACAAAACUCAGUGCUCAACACUCUUCAGAACUUUGCAUUAUUAAGGUUGGAUUUAAUACACUGAUAAGUGAAACUGCAGUAGUUUUAGCUAUGUGCAUCCAAUGAAUUGUUUAACUGUAUAUUUGUUACAUACCUCUGUUUUCACUGUUUAUAAAGCUCAGUAGGUUUAAUAAUAAUUAUUUGUAAUCAAAAAUUCAGUUCUUACAUGUAAAACUGAAAAGACACCAAAGAAGUGGGGUUCUUAAUUGUGUUUGCUUUAAAUGUUGAGUAAAAGUUUGAAACUAC